CUACUCUUGGCACAUAUAUAUAUAUAUGCCGUAAGAGGGCGCACAAAGCACCUAGUGGAUUGAAAUGGAUCGUGAAGAGAAAGCUCUUGAAGCAGCAAUAGAUGCCCUCAUUAGUAGAACACAGGAUGUGAAAAAUUCUUUAACUUCAUUUCUAAUGAAACUAGAAACAGAAUAUGAAACAAUAAACUGGCCCAAUGUUUUAGACAAUUUUGCCUUGUUAUCUGGCCAAGUGAACACAUUAAUGAAGAUCUUGAAGAAUGAUAAAACUCCGUUGCUAAGAAAUCGGGUUUUGCUGCCAUUGGCACUUUCUCCUGAAAGAGAUGAAGAGCUAGUAAAACUGACGGAGAACCGUGUUCAAGCUUUCAGUCAUGAAGUGGUGCCAGAUUAUCUUCGUACCAAACUUGAUCCUGAAGUGGAAAGUGUUGAACAGCAAAUUCUUGCAAAGGCCAAUCUAACACCUGCUGAUGCAGCUCAGAAACAAAUUACAAGUCUGAAUAAAAUAUGCACAAAUGUUAUAGAUUUAGUGAAGUCAGCAAGGGAUGCUUGGGAAAGUGAAACUGGCCAGAGAGCAAGUGUAACACAGACAUCUUCCAUGACUGACACAAAUACGUUAAUCAGUGCUAUCAGUCUAGGAAAAGGACUUAAACCAUCCACUGGUCCCAUGAACCAGGCAAGCUCUCAGCAAGGCCCUAUUCCUCAAGUUCAACCAUCUAGGUCUGUAUCUUCAGGUAAAGCUCCAAGUGCUGUCAAAACAAAUAUCAAAGCUGCUAACACUGUGCAUCCAUAUGGAAGAUGAGAUGAAUGUUUUUAAUAUAGUUUCCAGUAUGGUGAAAGAUGGACUGUCUUGGAUCAGUGGAGAUUCUAGUAUUUUGUUUAAAACAUGUUAGUAAAAUAUCAUGUACAAUUAUUCUUUUCACUUCAUGAUAUUGUACGUAUGUGGCAUGAAAUAAAGUAAAAAAAAAUCAUUUAUUUAAAACAUAAAUACCAUCUCAGUACUUUAGUACUUAAAAAUGUCAUUGUUUGACAUUUUUAUGUGUAUAAUAACAUUUAGAAUGUAUACCCAAUCAUGAUUAAUAAGAAUCGGGGUAAUUCUAAAAAUAUUACAAAUAUAUGUUUUUUGCUUGUUGUGAACUAAUGGAAUAUUUGUCAAAGUUUGCAUAUUUAGAAGACAUUCAUACCAACAUAACCAUGCUAAGUGUGAUAAAUGUUCAAUAAAGAUAAAAGUAAAUAAGUUAUAAUAAAUAAAAUAUCCAAAGACAUUUUUAUAUUAUAAUUGUGUAUCGGUAUUCUCAAGAAUUAGCUGAUAUUGCCAUAUUUCUUAAGCCAAGUUAAUUUUUUUAGACAUUUAUUAUCUACAAUUAUAUUAAAUUAUUAUUGGAAGUAACAGAGUGAUGUGCUUAGUUCAACAUUUUCACUUAUAUACUGUAAGCUGUUAUGUAUAAAAACAUUAAACUCGUAUAAUCUUACA